UCCUAACACUGCUACGAUACAGUCAUAUACGAUCCCUCCUAUCGCCAUACAUAGACACGUGAAUACUAUAAGUAGAAUGGCAGGCUCGUCACGCGGCGCAUCGCCCAUCAAGCGGCUCAUGACCGAACUCCAAACAUACCAAUCCGACCCCAAUGAAGCCCUUCUCGAGCUUGGCCCCAUAGAAGACGAUGUGUUGCACUGGAGGGCAGUCAUGAAAGGUGUUAUUGGAACAGCCUAUGAAGAUGGCAGAUGGCUCCUCGAUAUCCACGUUCCUUCCGCCUACCCUCUCGUCCCUCCUUCAAUCCGUUUCGUAACGCCCAUCUGCCACCCAAAUGUCGACUUCAAGACUGGGGAGAUCUGUCUCGACCUCCUGAAGACCUCCUGGACACCCGCGUACACCAUUUCCACGACCAUGACGUCGAUACAUCAGUUGCUCACGAGUGCGGAACCUGACAGCCCGCUGAAUGUCGAUAUCGCGCAGUUGUUUAGACAGGGCGACUAUGUGGGUGCAGAGGCGCUGAUUCGGUUUUACACGGUGACGGAAAAAUACUCGGCAGCAAAACGGUAGAGACGGUGAGGAUUUGGAAUGGGACUGGGCACGUAAUGAAAUUUUGGGACGGGCUUUGUACAUGUGUCAAGAGCUUGUUUUGGCGUUUUGAUACGAUAUCCGAUUGUUUGUUUGGAAAGCGAGCGAGGCAAUGCAUGAAGAUUAUUCAGAUUUGCGUUAGACAGAACUUCGAAGACUUUGAGUAUUCUUAUCUGAACUGGAAAUUGAUUCAAGCCUACGAGAACAUGUGUUUGCUGAGAACGAAGC